AUGGCGCAGAACCUUCCCAAGCUGCCUGAUUGGGAGCAGGUCAGCACCAAUGUCAUUCGGAUCCUGGGCGGGAAUCCUAGUAAGUUCACGCUACAAGGCACCAACACAUAUCUCCUCGGCCGCGGACCAAGACGGCUCCUGAUCGACACAGCGCAAGGCCACAAAGAAUGGAUCUCGACGGUGCGCAACGUGCUCGACGCACAGGAAAGCAAGUCCACCACCAUCUCCACGGCGAUCCUCACACACUGGCACCCGGACCACAUCGGCGGAGUCAAGGACCUCGAAGCGCUGGUCCCCGACGUCAAAGUGUAUAAGCACCUCCCGGAACUCGACCCUGAGAAGACCUUGGAUCCGACGCGUGUCAUCGACAUCGAGAACGGGCAGCGGUUCAAGAUUGACGGCGAAGACGGCGGCAGCGGGAGUGGGUUGGAGAUCGAAGCGAUCCAUUCACCGGGCCACGCGAAGGACCACAUGGCGUUCAUCAUCACGGCGUCCCCUGACGCGCGCGAAGUCGGCGCGAUCUUCACGGCGGACAACGUCCUAGGCCACGGAACGGCAGUCUUCGAAAACCUGUCGGAGUACCUCGACAGCCUGUCUCUGAUGAAGCGGCGCGUGCAGGAGAGCCGCGCCGCAUACCCGGGACACGGGGUCGUGAUCAGCGACGCCGUCGCCAAAAUCGACGAGUACAUCGCGCACCGGCGCAUGCGUGAGCUCGAGGCCCUCAACGUCCUGAAGUAUGGCACCGUCGCCAGCGGCAAGGAAUGGACGAGCCUCGACAUGGUGAAGGUGAUUUACCGGCAUUACCCCGAGAAUCUCUAUCAGCCGGCCGAGUUUGGGCUGUUGAUGGUGCUGGAGAAGUUGAGGAGCGAUGGGAAGGUUGUCAAGACGACUGAGGGCAGAUGGCGGGCUACUGAGAAGGCUAUCCUUUGA